UAGCGUUUACCCGUAGUAAAAAAUGCGUUGUAUCGAAACACGUAAGCUCAUAUACAUACUUACAGUAUUGUUCACCUAAGUAUAAAGGGGUUCUGCGGCAUUCAACGCUUUUUAGUUUUUGAAGUAAGAUAUAUGGUAAAGAUGUCAGGAGACCCAAAACUAGAAGAAGCAAUUUCCCAGUGGUUGGAAUGGGACAAGAACGAGAAGACAAGAAAUGAAAUUAUACAAUUGCAAAAAGAAAACGAAUAUGACAACCUGAAGAAAUAUCUGUUAAAAAGAAUGGAGUUCGGAACAGCGGGUCUUCGUGCAGAAAUGGGUGCCGGAAAUUCUCGAAUGAAUGAUUUGACGGUAAUUCAAACUACGCAGGGGUUCUGUAAGUAUCUACUGCAACAGUUCGGUGAUGGUUUAAAAUCCAAGGGAGUCAUUAUUGGGUAUGACUCAAGGCAUAACAGCUCAAGAUUUGCCAGAUUGGCAGCUAAUGUGUUCGGUUUACAAGGUGUUAAAGUUUAUUUGUAUUCAAAGAUCGUCCCAACACCAUUUGUGCCUUAUGGAGUGUUGCGAUACAAAACAUGCGCGGGAAUCAUGGUGACUGCUUCCCACAAUCCAAAACAAGAUAACGGAUACAAGGUCUAUUGGGAAAAUGGUUCUCAGAUUAUACCACCGCACGAUUCUGGUAUAGCUGAAUGCAUAAGUGCAAGCCUUGCACCGACAUGUGCAGAUGUAUGGAAUGAAGAUUUAUUGCAAGGAAAACCAGGUUUGGUUGACCCUUAUGAUGAAGUGAUGCUAAAUUAUUUCAAAGACCUCAAAAGUUACUGCAAAAACAGGUCAAUAAACAGCAGCACAAGCCUGCGGUUCACGUACACACCAGUGCACGGAGUUGGUUUGGCAUUCGCUCGCAAAUCAUUUGAAACUUUCUCUCUACCAACUUUUGAGAACGUCCCCGAACAAAUGAACCCUGACCCUGAGUUUUCUACGGUUAAAUAUCCUAACCCUGAAGAAGGGAAAGGUGUCCUGCUUCUUGCAAUGCGAACAGCAGAUGAGACCGGAUGUAAAGUCAUCCUCGCAAACGAUCCGGAUGCUGACCGACUUGCUAUUGCCGAGAAACAAGAUGAUGGAAGUUGGAAAGUCUUCUCAGGGAAUGAGUUGGGCUCUCUGAUUGGUUGGUGGGUUUGGUAUUCUUACAUCACAAACAAUCCUGACACGGUUGAUCGUUCAAACAUUUAUAUGUUGAGUAGUACGGUGUCCUCCAUGAUUCUGCAAGCCAUUGCAGAGAAAGAAGGGUUUAAAUUUGAGGAUACAUUGACUGGUUUUAAAUGGAUGGGAAACAGAACUGAUCAACUUCUUAAAGAAGGAAAAACCGUCUUGUUUGCCUUUGAGGAGGCAAUAGGUUACAUGAUAGGUACAAAUGUUCUGGACAAAGAUGGCAUCAGUGCAAUGUCAGUGGUGGCUGAAUGUGCUUGUUUCUUGGAGACCAAAGGAACAACUCUUACACAACAGCUGCAGAAUAUUUAUAACACGUAUGGAGACCACGUCAGCAGCAACUCGUAUUACAUCUGCCAUGACCCAAGUAAAAUAGAAGCCAUGUUUCAACGGUUACGUAACUACGACGACAAUGAUGUCAUUACUGACCCGGUGGCAGGAUCCAAAUACCCAAGCAAGGUUGGCAAGUUUCAAAUCACAGGAAUAAGGGACCUCACCACAGGGUUCGAUAGCAGACAAAAUAACAACAAAGCUACUCUGCCCACCACACCAUCAAGUCACAUGAUUACAUUCUACUUCGCAAAUGGCGUCGUGCUUACAAUUCGUACGAGUGGAACGGAACCGAAAAUUAAAUAUUACUCUGAAAUUUGCGGCAGCAUUGGAAGGCAAAGAGAAGAAUUGGUGCAAGAAUUAAACGAACUGGUUGAGCUGAUGUGCCAAGAAUUUUAUCAACCUGAUAAAAAUGGUUUUCUUGCGCGGACUAGCUAAAUAUUCUUAUAUUGAUUGCUUUUACACUUUGCUUUGGUCAUUGUCAUACACUUUAAGUUUUAUAUGAAAUUAAAAAUGUUAAUUUAUUCUAAAUCAUAUACCACUUAACCACACCCAAGCUUUACAGAUUGAAACACACGAAUUUAUAACCAUACUGAAAUGUUGGGCCAAAAAUGCGCGUUGGUGAUAUUGAUGAUGACAAUAGUGCAGAAGUAACUUUGUUGAAUUUAGGUUUUUGGUGAUUUGCUGAUAAUACUCAGCGGUGUUCUGUUUUAAACUGUGUAACAAGUUUUCCCAUUAUUUUCCAGAAGUUCCAUGCUUAGUGUUAGUUAGUGUGUGUUAUAUACUUAAUGUACCUUAUUAUUACUGUAUGUAUAGCUCCAAUAAUAGCUUUGCUCACCACAUAUAUAUAUCGAUAUUUAAUAAGUUAACUCCUCUUUUGUUUCUUGUAUAUUAUUUAAGUUAAUUGCAUCACAAUGAAUUAAAAAUGAAAGGUACCCAAAUAUUGCUA